GAAGGCGGCGGAGGGGUUUGUUUCAUGGUUGCGCCCGCCGGGGCUGCGCGCAUCUUACCGCGGCCCCGCCAACCAGCACCUCAUGGCCUUCAACUUCGGGGCGACGGCGGGCGCUGGGGCUGCCAACCCCACCGGAUUUGGUGGGCUUGAAACUACAAACUCCACUGCCAGUGGGUUUAAUUUUGGUGGUUUUGGCUUAACUGCUAAUCCUGCAGUGAAUUUUAAUAUUGGGAAUUUCGGUGUUUCCACUACCUCAACUCCACCAUUCAAUUUUGGUAACAGUCUGGCAAGUGCAGGUGCUUUUGGAGGAUUUGGGACAACUACCACCACUGCGGGACCAGCAUUUAGUUUUUCUGCUCCUACCAAUACAGGCACCAGUGGACUCUUUGGUGCUACCCAGAUCAAAGGCUUUGGAUUUGGUGCUAGUUUUGGCACAGGCACUGGAACUGGCUUAGGCAGUGGGUUGGGAACUGGGCUGGGCUUUGGAGGCUUUGGCACCCAGCAGCAACAGACCACAUUAGGAGGCGGGUUGUUCAGCCAGCCUGCUCAGACCCCUGCCCAGUCGAACCAGCUCAUCAAUACAGCAAGUGCCCUCUCAGCUCCAACACUCUUAGGAGAUGAGAGAGAUGCUAUUUUAGCAAAAUGGAACCAGCUGCAGGCCUUCUGGGGUACAGGCAAAGGGUACUUCAACAAUAACAUUGCUCCAGUGGAGUUCACACAGGAAAACCCCUUCUGCAGGUUUAAGGCUGUGGGUUACAGUUUAAUGCCCAGCAACAAAGAUGAAGAUGGCCUUGUAGUCUUGGUCUUUAACAGAAAAGAAGUAGAUAUUCGAAGCCAGCAGCAGCAGCUCGUAGAAUCACUACACAAAAUUCUGGGGGGAAACCAGACCCUCACUGUCAAUGUAGAAGGUGUUAAAACGAUGCCGGAUGACCAGACAGAAGUGAUAAUUUACAUUGUUGAACGCUCACCCAAUGGCACCUCGAGGAGAGUGCCCGCAACGACCCUCUACGCCCACUUUGAACAACCCAACAUCAAGUCAUCCCUGCAGCAGCUGGGAGUCAGCUUCUCCAUGGCCAGAACAGAGCUUUCCCCAGCACAAGUCAAGCAGCUCCUGCAGAACCCUCCUGCAGGUGUUGAUCCUAUUAUAUGGGAACAAGCCAAAGUUGACAAUCCUGACCCUGACAAACUUAUUCCUGUGCCAUUGGUGGGUUUCAAGGAACUGUUGAGAAGAUUGAAGGUCCAAGAUCAGAUGACCAAACAGCAUCAAACUCGAUUAGAUAUAAUAUCAGAAGAUAUCAGUGAGCUGCAGAAAAACCAAACGACAACUAUGGCAAAAAUUUCAGAAGAUAUCAGUGAGCUGCAGAAAAACCAAACGACAACUAUGGCAAAAAUUGCCCAGUACAAAAGGAAACUGAUGGCACUGUCUCACAGAACGUUACAGGUGUUAAUAAAGCAGGAGAUCCAAAGGAAAAGCGGUUAUGCCAUCCAAGCAGAUGAAGAGCAGCUUCGUGUACAGUUAGAUACAAUUCAGUGUGAACUUAACGCACCUACACAGUUCAAGGGCAGACUGAAUGAGCUCAUGUCCCAAAUCAGGAUGCAAAACCACUUUGGAGCUGUGCGGGCUGAAGAGCGCUAUUAUGUAGAUGCAGACCUCUUAAGGGAAAUCAAGCAACAUCUGAAGCAGCAGCAAGAAGGCCUGAGUCACCUAAUUAGCAUCAUAAAGGACGACUUGGAGGACAUCAAACUUAUAGAACAGGAACUGAACGAGAGCAUUCCCAGAGGAGUCGUCUUCAGUUGACGCAGUGGAUGCUGCUGGGCUUACACAGAACAUGUUGCUCAAGUUCAUGGUUUACCUUGCAAGGCUAAAAAAAAAAAAAAUAAACCACAUACUUUCUAAAAGCAAUGGUAUUUUGGCUGUUAUCUUUAGAAUUAGCAAAGCCUCUCCUAAGCUUUUGAACUUGACCUUUGGAAGGUUUAUAUUUUAUAAAGCUGUAUAUGCUUCAGUAAAAGAAGGACAACUGAAUCUGUUCAGAUACUGUUUUACUAUAGAACUCUAUGUACUGUUGUACAUGUUUCCUUUUUCUCCCCCCCCUCCUUUUUUACAACAGCAUUGUCCUACAACUGCAGUACGGAUGGAAUUGUUCCAGUUGUGACUUGGUCUGUGGAAAGCUUAGCCCACUUCCAUGUUUUUCUCAAAACAAUGAAGUAACAUCCUUCUGUAAACAGCUGAUUUAAAUCAUUACCGAUCCGUAUGUUGCUGUAUGUACGUUGGUCUCUGCAAUACCAGUAGCUUACUGGGGCAAGCUGCUGGAAGUUGGUGUUUUUCCCAUUUCUGUCCUUCCUUUGGACUGCAAGGAGCUGAAGGUUAUGUUUUUAUCACUUGACCUGUGUGAAUUAUACAAAGCUUUGCUGCCCCUUAAGUAACAACAAAAUGUCUAGAUGUUGUCUUCUGCCUUUUUUUAAUUACUGGAGAGUAAUAAAUUCAGUCUGACUUUGUAA